AGCGGCUUUCCCCGACCCUAAACACUCCAAACUCUUUAUAUCAUCAGAGAAGAAGGCGGGGGUCAUCACAACUCACAGAAUUCUCCUUUUAAAUUUACAUACCCUGCAUCUAUUCUUUACAGACCUUGCUAUCAUGUAGCAAAAAUACUAAGAAUCACAGAGAUGACGGCCACUUGGCAUCACAAGGCCAUAAACCGCCUGGAAACGGAGAAGCUUUUACUGGGAUGUGGUGAAGAUGGAGGCUUUCUCAUUCGUGACAGCGAGAGCAUCCCAAAUGCGUUCGUGCUUAGCAUACUGUUCCAAGGGCAUAUCCAUCACUAUAGGAUUCUAAGGGAAAAAGAUGGCCGGCUGUAUAUGCAGGCUGCCACCGGUGUUGCGAGUCAUAAGUUUGAGAGCUUGGAGCAGAUAGUCACUUUUUACAGUCAGCCCAACCAAGGGUUGCCUUGUGAGCUUAAGUACCCUGUGGUCUCAAAGGACACUACGGAAGAGGAUUACUCUGAUGAAGAUGAAGAGGAUGAUGAAGAUGACGAGCCAGAUGGUGCUGUGGCUAUAGUCAACGAGCUACCAGAUCCAGCACAGCUAAUUGCACAGAACAUGAGUCAGAUGGACAGCAACCAGGUUGAUGGUAAGUUCCUGGCUGCCCUUGGUCACUAUCUUGGUGAAGGCCUUCUGAAAGACCUCGACUCUGUUGAAGCUGGUGGGAAGACCCUUGAUGAGCUGCAAAACCUCAUAUCUGGUGUAUCUCAUGACCUUGUCAGAGAAUUGAAGACGAUGGUGUCACGGAUAUCGUUUCUUGAGAAGGUCUUCAGCAUAGGACUGGCAGAGAAGACCAAACUUUUUAGGUGCUCCUCUCUUGUCCAACAAGAUGAGGAUAUGACUGAUUUUGAUCAUCUCAAUCGUCUUCUUGCUGGGAGUAUUGCUGGCGUCAAGUCCUUGCAAACCCAGGCCGUCAAAGCGUUGGAAGACGUGAAUAAAAUAAGAGAAAACUCAACCCAGCAAGAAGUCGAGAAACCGCAGAAGAGAGUGUUUGAGGUACAAGAUAAGACGCCGGGUUUCAAGAGCAAGAAUUACUUAGCUGUUGACUAUGUUCAAGGAAAGCUUGCGUUUCUAAAAAAUCAAAAUGAUCCUCUUGAUGACAGCAACACUUGCGAUCAAAGUAAAGUGUUGCAACUCAUCAAGUCACGUGAUAACAUGAAAAGACUUGGGAUUAAGCUGGAAUCCAAGCCUCUCAAAGAAUUUGACUUCGACGAUGGAAAGUCCCGAGAGGUAUUUUGUCAACUUGUCCAACAAAUCAAGAAUCAGCAAUCAAAAGGCUCUGCUAUCGAUGAAAUAUCUGUGUUUGUGGGGACGUGGAAUUUAGGAAGCGCUGUCCCACCGCAUGACCUUCGGACGUGGUUCAAGUGCCAAGGUCACGGAACGACGACGGACACUGACGUUGCACACUUUGCGCAUGACAUCUACGCCAUUGGGACACAAGAGUGCAGCCUGAGCGAGAAGGAUUGGGUUACGAAGGUGAAAUCCGAACUACAAAGAAUCUUCAACGUUGAAUUUUUCACGGUGUCCGUAAGCACACUAUGGGAGAUUCGCCUUGUAAUUCUAGCUCGUCCCGAACACAACAACAUGAUAAGCCACGUGAGGCAAUCCAGCGUCAAGACGGGCAUCGCUAACGCUCUAGGUAAUAAAGGCGCUGUUGGAAUCUCGUUUCUGUUUGGGGCGACAUCAUUUUGCUUCAUCAACUGUCACCUCGCCGCACGUGCAUCACGAGUUCUCAGGCGUAACCAAAAUUUCCACAGCAUCUUGAAAGGACUGAACCUUGGUCAGAAAAACGUGUUUGACCUGACAAACCAGUUUCAUCAUGUGUUCUGGUUCGGCGACUUGAACUACCGGAUUGACCUAGAAGUUAAGGAAGUCCUAGAAGCAGUUAAAGGCAACAACUUCUAUAAACUCCGUAAAGCUGAUCAGCUCAUGCACCAGAUCACCAAAGGAAAUGCCUUUGUGGAUUUUAAGGAGGGAUACUUGACCUUCCCACCGACCUAUCGUCAUCGCAGGGGAUUCGCCGACUACGUAUGGGAGAAAGCCAAGCGCUCAGGGAUUCUUGUGAAUGUACCGUCAUGGUGUGACCGUGUACUAUGGCAUUCCUUCCCUGAGAUGAAAAUCGUCAACACAUCAUAUGGUUGCACUGACAAUAUUCGGACGAGUGACCACUGGCCCGUGUUCAGUACCUUUGAUGUGGGUAUAACUACGCAGUACGCCUCGUCACCAGUUCCUCAAGGCUCCUCCACGAAUGACUGUGUUAUUAUAUUCGAGACGAUUAAGGCUAUGAUCAACACCAACAGCAAGCCACAGUUUGUGGUCGAGUUCUACUCUAGCUGUUUAGAAUCUGUUCAGAGAAGUAACCAGAAUUCAGUGAGAGAUUGGGUCAAAAAAACCACAGCUGAAAGUCGAGAGAAAACUACGUACGCGGCGCCAUCUUGGGGAUCCCAAGUUCUGCCACAUUUGCACCCGAUCAUGCCAGAUCGCAUGUAUCUGCAGGACCAGCACCUUUUGAUAGCUGUCAAGUCUGUGGAGAGCGACGAAUCCUACGGCGAAUGUUGCAUAUCUCUCAAGGCAAUGAUCGCCGAAACUCCACAAGAUUUUGAAGCCAAAUUGACGCACUCGGGACAAGAGACGGGUAGCCUGUCGGGUCAAAUGAGGAUCAAGCUUGCUGAUAUAUCACCAGCUCUGAUUGGUGGAAAACCAAAAGGUCUUAUAAAGGUGGAGGGAGACGAUGACGUUAAUUCUAACAAAUUGGACGUGCGAUCAACGCGACCCGUCAAACGCAAAUCAGUGAUGAGACCAGAUUUCGCCAUUUUUCUCUGAAGACGCAACAUGUUUACUAACCCUGAGGACGGGCUGAAGUAAAAAUCCGAAAGUUUGGCACAUUUUGUGCUUCUGUUGGUUUUUAUUCUUCUUAUCUCUCAAAUCGCUUUGCACAGCAUUGAAUUAAACGGCUCUUGUUCGCGGGACAUUGGAACAGGUCAUUAAAGAUAGCAGCCCAUCAAGCAUUUAUGACUUUCAGACUGACACUUCAUUGGUUGGGUCUAAACUACCGCUGUGAGAGUUGAGCUCUCCGAGGUUGUUAGGUAUCUUAAGGACCUUUAGGGCUCACCCUCUAAACACAAAGCUCAUUAGUAACAAAAAACACGCUGGCGGUAGGUUUAGAUUCUGCGGCGAAACGCAUCAGUGAAAUCUUAACUUUGAUAUAGUAGCAAGAACGAAACAAGAACGAUAUCGGGUCGAUAAAUCAUUAAAUCGUUUCAGAGCAUGAGUUCGGCCUGUCCGUGAGUUUAAAACUAGCAGCCCACUAGCCAAUUUUUGUGUGUGAGAAAAUCGCUAGUCGUUAGACUCCGACUCCAGCGUGUGAAACUAAUUACGUAUGGCACUUAUUCACAGACUUAAAAUACAAGACUUUAAGAACCCAAGACUUUUUGCCCGAUAUGCAAAGUGUCCGUGUGUAGGUUAUACUGUAGUCCUGUCUCAUUGAAACUGCAUGCCCUUUUCGCAAGCAUUCAAGAUGUCACUCCUCAAAUGAUUGUCUCUUUAUUGACCAAUUGGAGCCUUGAAUCAUCUCUUUUUCCUCUUGCUCGUAUCCUCAUAUCAGGGUGUGUAGCAUAAGAAUGGGUUGUUGGCAAUUUUUUGGGCUCGUGCUUUCUUCUUUCUGCUUUCUUCCUCCUUAGCAAAUUUCUUAUACCCUGGCGAAAUUCUCUACUAGCUAUAUAAUACACCACAGGGUCCAUAGCCGAGUUGGCAAUCACAAAAACGGCACAAACGCUGAGAAGGAUCAAGUAAAACUUAUAGAAUACAAAACUAGGGUAAAAGGCCUGUACAAGCCGGAAAACAUUAAGAGGUAGCAUGGAAAUGGCGAAGACAACUACUAAAGGAGUGAGGAUCAUCUGAGCUUUCUUGUUUUGUUUCAGCCGCUGUUUCUCUUCCUUGAUAAUGAGUUUACUUUUUGCGGAGGCGCCAUGCAUGUUUUUGUGGAACGCUGUGCUCUUUUGCAGCUGCUGUGAAAUUUGGAUGUAAGUGUAGGUAAUGAUGACCAGUGGUAGAAGAUACCAGAAGAUCGCUAAACCUGAAAUUGAAAAAUUUAAAUGCGUCUUAUUUUUUACUACUGAAGUACAGAGACAAUUAUCUCUAGAUUUAAUUUGAUUUCAUGAAAAUCCAGAAAAGGUCUUCAAAUAGGUCGUCAAUGGGUCGUUAUCCCCGAAUGGCGAGACAUUGUUUGUGCAAAGAUUAAUAUCAAACUCGGUCAAGGUCUUCAUCACAAUAUUUGCCAAAGGUAUUCCUCAGCUUAUUAGGAAACGCACAUGAAAUAUUAUGACUUAAUGAAAAUGGAAUUUUAAGACGUUGGCUUUCCCGUUUCCAUGGUUUGUAAGAUUUAUAUAUCUGAAAAACAAAGACUAUACGAACCAACUACCCUUCGUCUCUGAUUUAUAUCCAUUUAACUGGAAUUAAUAUGUGUUGAUUAAAAACUCGUGUUGAAAUAACUUAAGCAAAAGGUUGGAUUUCCGGCAACUUGUUUUUUCCCCCAAAGUUCUAUCAUUAACUAUAGGAAAUAUAAUUGUAUUUGUAUAGAAUAAGGUUUUAGAAAGGUUGAAAUAGAAGUGGCGGCUGAAAAUGUUUUGUAUUGUAGUGAAUUUGAUUAAACUAGCACUCAAAAUAAAACAAGCUCUGUAAUCUCUGACACGCAUUUCUGAUAAUCCACUUACCUAUCGUAUAGGCUUUCAUGUAAAUGUUCCCUUCACGGUAAUCUGGCCAUUCAGGGUAGCAAAUAGUGACUUGUGGAAACUCUUGAUAAACCAUAAUCGGAUAGAGCGGAACAGACACAAUUAAUAACGACGCAAACCACAGCAAGAUAAUCUUCCAUAUAACUCCCUUGCAUGGAAGCCCCUUACAUUCAGACUUGCUGCGCCUUACGAUAUUACGAUUUCUCUCAAUCGCUAUGAUGGUGAUUGACCAUAUUGAUGCACCGAAAAAGAUCUCGGUUGCAGGGCCCAAGUAAAGGCAAAACCACCUACCGAACGGGUACUGUAAUGGCAAUUGCUCCUGGAUAGCAGCGAGUGGGAAAUUAAUAAGCAAAACACCAGUGUCAGCUACGGCGAGGCUGCACAGAAGGAUAUUCAUCUUGGUUUUCAUAUUGGAGCGGCUUGCUAUCACAACACAAACCAGGAGGUUCCCUAUGACACCUAUUAGGCCGACGGUGAUUUGCAGUGUAAGCUUGAAGACUUUCAGUCCAAGUGACUCUUUGUAGUACCUUGUCAUUGGUGAAGCUCCCAAAGUUGAGUUUGUACCGUUCUGGAACAAUACUGUUUCAUUCAUUUUUGUUGGCGUCUGUGGAACCGAGACUAAAAAACAGCUGAAGAAGUUAGAUGUAACACUUUCUUCUCUUUGUGGAUAAGCUCGUCACGAGGUGUUAAGCCAAUGGAAAACUUGCAUUAGCUUGGCACACGACUACAUUUCAUUUGUUUUCUGUCUUUUUCUGCCUUUAGCUGCUUACAUAUCAGCCGACGUAUGGUGAUUACCAGCAAUGAACUCAUUAGGCAAUCAAGCCGUCUCGGCAACUACUUCAAACGAUUUUCCUUUUCUCUUGCCUCACGUAUCGACCUUAUAGUGUGUGAAUCUUGUCAGCAGUCCUUUGCCUUUCGAGUGAAAGCAAAAAUUCUUCGUCAAGCUGGUGACAACAGUCCGUUAUCUCGCACCGAUGUCAAUUCUUUGCUAAUUAUAAACAACGGCGACAUAAAUCACCGUUUGGAAAAAUAGAAAUGGCAUUUUGAAAAGAACUAAUGUCUUCCUCAGCUUCUCAAAUAAACAUUUCAUAUAAAAGGCUAAACCGUUUUUCUCUUGUAUCUAACAUCCAACCUGACAAACACAUCGAAUGUCACUCUGUUAUUUGCAUUUGAAAAGAAAUUUAUAAAAAUACCUUCUUACUAAUUACUUUAUUAUUAUUUUUUUAAUCCCGAAGUCUUCAUCCUGUUUCAAGGACUUGAUGUAAUCAAACAACCCUUAUAGAUGUGUUAAUAAAAAACACCAUAAGUCGCUAAAACAUCUUAAGCGUGCUCGAAAGUCAACAAGACUCAGGAUAAAUUUGGUAUCUACCCACUGUGUAUUUUAUUUUCGAUAUAAUUAAUGGUAAAGCUGGAUUCAAUAUUUGUGGUGAAAAAUAAUUGACAUGUAUUUCGAGAAAGGGAAAAUUAACAAGGAUUAUCAUGGGGAACAUCAUUAAAUCGGUGAUAGAUUUUUUUUAAAAGAUGAGACAGUUUUAAGAUUCCUUUUUUUUUCUAAAGCCAGGAGUAUUUACCCAAUUGCAAAGCUAGUUUAAAACCAUCUAUUUUGGGCGAUUCUCAGCUUUAUUUGCUAUGUCUACCUCUUACCAAUAUAAUGCUAUUUGGAUCCGAUUUUUUUAUUGAUUCAGCUACAGUUUACCUUUAUUAAAGAACUUAAAGUAACUGAAAAAGUAACUUACUGUCACUGUCACACCUGCACCUUUCAUACACACUUAGCUUUUAACAAAAUUUAAAUAAAAUCGGUCAAAAGUAAUAAAGAUUGGAAUAAUAUAGUUUAAUCAGGAUGUCAUUUAUAUUCGUUUUAAUUCUUUUUUUCUAUUUUUUUGGUUAGAUUGACUUUUAAAGAAAAUAUUUUGAUUAGCGCGUCUAGUGCAGUUUCGAAUCAUGUUGUUUUUCAAUGAAUUUUUUUAUAUGAGAACAACAAUUUACUUCAUUUAUAAAUUAAUUUCCUGUUUUUUUACAAGAAUGAUGGUAAAAAAACAAUCUUACAAUUGCCAAUAAUUUGCCAUAAUUUGCGUCUAGUGCAGUUUCGAAUAAUGCUGUUUUUCAAUGUGAUUUUUUUAUAUGAGAACAAAAAUUUACUUCAUUUAUAAAUUAAUUUCCUGUUUAUAACAAGAAUGAAGGUAAAAAAACAAUGUUAAAAUUGCCAAUAAUUUGCCAGAGGGUUGCUAUCUUUGUACACAGGUGUUCGAAUACAACAACUCAUCAUCCUCCCUGCAUAGUGUUGUCUGCCGAUGUUAAUUACCACUUUACUUUGCCAUUUAAUAUUAACAUCCUGGUUGUCACAGAAACGUUUGAAAAUUUUGCUGGGAAUGUUGUUUUUGAUAAGUUAAUGUUAUCGUUUUAUUAAUGGUGUUCGGAAGUUAGGUUGCUAGGGAAAUUUUAAAUUACCGUAGAUUUCUUAGAAAAAGAGUUUUACUGCUGAAAUUGGUCAAGUGGACUAGUGACUCAUCGGGCUACAUAUUGAUGACGUCAUUAGGUCAUUAGCAAUAAAAAAAGAUACAUCUUUUUGCAAAAGGGGAAAAAAGGAAACAUUUUUGACCGGCGAAAAGUUUGUAAACAAACGCGCGCGCGCCUUGAAAAGCCCGCCAUUUUCAAACCGGAAACGAUUUUUUCCCGCCUAAAUUGCGAGAGGGCGCGUCAGCGUAGCAACCAUGGUCGCAUAAUAACCUAAAUUCCGAACACCCUUUUUAUUGUCUACAAACGGUUGAACUUUAAGUUGUCAACGCCUUGUUAAAAUAAUAUGCAAUAUUAUAUUGAAAACUAUGUUUAUUGACAGUUUGUGGUCAUCUCCUUUGAAUUUAUGUCUCCCACAUGUACCAAAGGCCCAUAAGUCAGUAUUAUAAUUCGACUGAAUGUGUCCGGGCCGGAGAGCUAUUGCAAAGCUUUUACCAUGAAACUGCCUCUUUAAUAAGAGAUCAACUCAUCGCCUAUUUACGAGAAAAAGAAGCGGAAAGCGUUUUUGCAUUAUUUGUUAGAUUAGAUCUCAUAUUAUGUAAGCUUAAAAUUUUAGGGCGCUGGUUAUGUUUGAGCUCCUAGAACCUCUAGACUGGUUUCGGUACGUGGAUUGUGUAGUUCCAGAAAAUAUCCAUACACCCCCCUCCCCCUAUUAAAGGGAUUGGAAAUUCCGGGGGGUUCAAACGCCCAGGAAUUUAAUUUUUUCCAGGGGUUUGAAAAUUCAAGAGGGUUGGGGGUCAUACCUCCACCCCCUUCAAUGGGGGGGGUAUGGAUAUUAUCUUGAAAUACACUUUGCUUUUAUUGCUUUUAUUCCCUGGGUUGACUGAUUUGCGCGUGGUGAAACGUGGCGUGGUGAAACAGAUCUUCCGUUUUAGCAAAAGAACGUCUUGUGUGCUAUUACGAUUGAAAUAAGUUCAGGACCAAUAUUCAAAAAUUAGAUUAGAUCAUGUUUAAUAACUUCAGAAGUGCAUGUCCACCGAACAUAAUUUAGCCUAUUCAUACAUUUAUACAUUAACCUGUUAGGGAGUGUUUAUUAAAUACACCGACCGAGGGGGGGGGGGGGGAGAUAUUAGUGGGGGCUCCGAAAAUUUUUAGCCACCAAAAGGGGGGCACCGAAAAAAAACGGUCCUCUAAAGUGGCGGCUCUGAAUGUUUUAGGAGCCAUACUUUUCAGCUUUAAUAUUUUACUGAUGUGAUCUAGUUUGUAGCACAAAUACAUAUUAAAUAUUAAGCCUAAUGACAAAUGUAUUUAAUACUGCUUUAUACUGCCUUAAUAAAUAUAAUAAUAUAUACUCUAAACUGUCUUUAUAAACCAUAAUAUAGAUACUUCCAGUAAAUAACAGUUGGAUUUACAGAUACAGUUUAUGAUCAGAAUAACAUGAACAAAUUAAAAUAAUCUUCUAAACAGUGGUGGAGCAUGCAAAUCCCCAAAACGAUAUGCAUACAAUUUUUUUACGUUGGACAUUAUCCCUUUUUUACAGAAAAA